AAUGCGACGUUAUAAAGAUUCGAUGAGCGAGUUUGGCAGCAUAAGCUUGCCCAGCUUAUUACUAUAUCAACAUCUUCCCUUUCUUUUUCCCGAGCACACCGAGCUCCGUGAUCUUCCCUCCUACGCCCGGAUUGCACCAUCAAUGCCGGAAAUUCCCUCUGCUAAAAAACUCCCUUCCGGUGCGAAGUUAUCAUUUGCCCUAGAUUGCUGGACAUCUCCAUUCCGGCAGGCGUUCAUGGCGAUUACGGAAUACUUUCUUGAUAAAUACUGGGAUUACCAUGAGAUAUUACUUGGAUUUGAACAUUUACAAAGGUCUUAUUCAGGCGCAAAUUUGAGUGAAGCGCUCUUCCAGCUGCUACAGGAGCAUGAAAUUAUAGAUCGAGUGCUUACGGUAACCACUGACAACGCCUCGAAUAACGUUACUCUUAUGGUAAGUGUGCACGGGGCGAUUGAGUAA